GGAAAACGAAAUGGUGUACGCGAACUCAGUUUAAAAAAACGCGAAAAUUUUUAGAAAAUCACGUGGUUCGAUAUUGUAAUUGAUUAUCAGGUUUUUGGACUUUUUACGCUUUCAUUAAAUUCUGCACAUUAAUAAAUGCGUAAAACUUCAUUUAUAGCAAAUUCCUUAUUUCUCAAAAGAUUCAUUUAUAGCACAAGAGUUUACUUCAGCUUUAGUAAGAACUCUUCAAUUUCUCCAAUUUCACCAUUACCUUAUUUGCUCUCAUCUUCAGUACGUAAAUUAUUGCAUUACAAAAUAAUAACGCGCAAUAAAAAAUGGAAUUAUGAAGAAGAUAAUAUACUUUUGAGAAGAGUAAUAAGAUAUGGGUGGAAACAUUGGGGAAUCAUAUCACAGGGUUUUACAAAUAGAUCUUCUUUAGAUUGUUAUUAUCGUUAUAGAUACGGUCUAAAAUAUUUAAUAGAUUAUUCUUAUAUUAAUCAGUCAUCAAUAAUGUCAUUGACAUUAAAAGAACAACAACAAUUUUGGAAAAAUUUAAGUAAAACAAAUAACUUAAAACAAACAUUACAAUUAAGAACAAACUCUUCAUCAUUAUUGAAAAAGUAUUUUAUUGAUAUGCAAAAAUUUUCAAGAGAACAACAACAAUUAUCACCAGUUAAUUAUAAUUCAGUUUUACAAAUCAGUAAGAAAAUUAAUGAAAAUAAUGGUGUUACAAGAAAACCUUGGACGAAGGAUGAAACUAAAAGAUUAGUAUAUUUACUAUCUAAUUACGCUUCACUAGAUAAUCAAUUACUUUUCUCCCGUAAUUCCUGUAAUAAAGGAAAAAGUACUAUGUAUAAUUGGAAAUUGAUUAGUUCAACCUAUUUUCCUAACAGGACUUUAAACGAUGUUAAAGAUAAGUGGCAUAAUAUUCAAACAAGAAUUCCUUGGACAAAACAAGAAGAUCAGAUUAUUAUUGAUGGUGUAAAACAAUUUGGUGAAAAAGAUCAAUGGGAUAAAAUUGCUUUGAAAAUUAACUCAAUUGCUCCUAAUUCAACAAUUUCAUCUGAUUUUUCUUCCUUGCUAACAUCUGCUGUUAGAUCACCGAGUCAAUGUAUGGUUAGAUGGAGAGAUACUUUAAAACCUUUGCAAUCAAAGCAAAAAAAAUUUUCUGAAUUUGAACAUUUAAUCUUAGUAAAAGCAUUAAAAGAAGUGUCUUUAAAAGGUAAUCAAAUUGACUGGAAAUCCAUUCAUCAAUAUUAUCUCCCGAAUAGAACUCCGUUACAACUAUAUAAGCAUUAUUAUAACGUUAUAUGUAAACCCGCUAAAUGGAACUUACAAGAAGAUGAACUUUUACUUAAGACUAUCAAAGAAUAUUGUCAUCAAUCAGAAGCACAAGAAAAUUCUCAAGAGACCUUUCCCCUUUCUUUGAGGGAUAAUGAUGUAUGGAAACGAAUUGCUCAGAAUAUUCCUGGUAGAACUGCAAUUCAAUGUAGAAAUAGAUAUAUAGAUACACUUAAUCCUUCUUUAAAAAAAGGUCGUUAUACAGCAGAAGACCAUUUUCAAUUAUUUAUGUCAAUUAAAAAGAAUGGUCAUAGAUGGUCUUUAGUUGCAAAAGAAAUGGGUAGAUCAAAAGUUGCUAUUGCUAAAUUAUAUAGUAUAUGGAAAUGUCGUAGGAAAGUUUCAAGGAUACGUAUUAAUAAAGGGGGUAUAAAUAGCAUUUAUAGUAAGUUAUUGAGCCACAUUUAAGACUUUACUUCUUAAUCCGUAAAAUAUUUAUUUUUUUUUGUACAUAC